GUAUCUAUUAUCUAUGGUCUAACCUAUGUGUGGUUCACGUUAUGCUUCACGUGUCGAGUCGAAUCUAGUCCUCUGUGUUUCCAAAACUCAGAAGUGUUUUUUAAUUAAAAACAUUGGUAUUCACUACCACAAAAUGGGAAAAUUUAGAAGUAAGCUGAAGGGUGCCAGUAAAGGAAAACGCUGGGCUAAAGGGCAAAGUUCCAGUUCAAAUCCUGAAAGCAAAAGAUUUAGGGAUAUUGCCAGAUCUCGUUUUUUCCAAGAAAACUUGGGUCCCAGUAAAUUAACAACAGAAGCUUUAAAAAAACAUGAUAAAAUUCAAGCUUUUAGUUCCAGUGAAAUUCCUAAAUCGGGAUGCGGAACUCAUUCUGAUUAUACAGAAUCUGUAUCACAGGAGUCAUUUCAAACCAUGGAUUCUUUUGCUUCUGAAUGGAGCAAUUGUAGUAACUUGUCUUUCAAUAGAUUUUUAAGAAUAUUUAGGUCUGACUCAGCUCUUCAUAAGGAAAUGCUAGCAAUUUUAGCUGCUGUAACUGAAGUUAUUAAGGAAAAUGGAGGCAGUGAAACUCCAACUGAAUAUUAUUGUGCACUAUUAACUACUUUGGAGCAGUUUGUAAAUUCAGAUGAUAGCAAUGAAGAUCAAAUAACAGCCGUAUUAUCGCUUCUAAACAUGGGCAUUAGAACAGUUCCUGAAAAUAUUCUGCAGCUAGGAUUUAAUGAAGUUGUAUUUAAACUGUUAAAUAUUUUACAGGAAUAUAGUUCUUCUCAAAACAAUAUUAUCAUAAAAUCAUUGAUAGGCAUUAUAUCAACUUUUUUGAAGGCCCAAGAAUUGGCUGUUUGGACAAAUUCAUCAACAACUCAAGUAUUUUUGAGUUUAGUCAACACAUUUGGAAUUCAUUCUAAACCGAAGUGGCGUAAAGCAGCUCGCAAUGCAAUUUGUGAUAUUAUAAAAUCAGACCGUUUCUCUAGUAGUAAUAUUGCUAAUAUACCAGCAGAUAUUGUUGCUGAUUUUUGUGAAAAAACAGUGAAUACAUGUUUAGGAGGGGCAAAUGGUGAGGUGUAUGUGUCUUCAAUUCAAGCUAACCAAACAACAAUAUUACAUGUAGUUGGAUUAUUAAAAGAAGUUGUUUGUUAUUUCUCUAAGUCAAAUAUGAAGAAAACUUGUGAAAUGAUGCUAAAGUUGAUGACAUUAAAUUAUCCAUAUGUAACAUUGUCUAGUAUACAAGUUCUGCAUUCGCUUUUCUCCCAUCAAUCGGCAGUUGUUCCUGCUAAACUAAAUGCACAGUUAAUUUCAGCUCUCUAUGAAUAUCAACCAUCGCCUAGUGAUACACAGCCUACAAUUGCUUGGUUGGCAGUUAUGCAACAGGCACAUAUCCAUUUAGCUGAUGUGGAUAUCCCGCUAGCAGUAGCAGCGCUACCAAAAAUUUUCGUGACAAUUUCGCAACUUUGGCUUUCUGAUAAAAUUGAGGUCUCGUCUUCCGCCACAAGAGCAUUAGAAGCAUUGUUAAAAGACGCUCUUUUACCGUCAUGUGAAACUGAAGUUUCUGUUGAGAGUCACGCUAGUAAAUUAUCGAAAUGUUUCAAUACAAUCGAAUCCUGCUUAAGUUAUCAAUACAACACCGCCUGGCAUCAAGUACUUUACAUCAUAAAAAUUAUGUUUGAGGUGGCAGGAAGAACUUGCAGUCAUAUGCUAACCGGCUGUUUGAAAAAUUUGGCUCAAUUGCGCGAUUCGUAUAAAUUUAGUUAUAAUAAUGAACUAGAACAUGCAAUUGGAGCAGCUAUACAAUCAAUGGGACCGGAAUUGGUUCUUAAACAAAUCAGUUUAAAGAAAGAAUCUGGCGAUCUAAGUAUGGAUAGAUCAUGGCUUUUGCCAGUUUUAAAAGAGAAUAUAAAGACAGCCAGAUUGGGAUUCUGGAUCGAAUAUAUUCUCCCUCUGGCUGUUUCUUGUCAACGCAAAUCAAUUCAGUUAUUCGAAAAGAGUGAUGGUAUCGGAGCGCAUAGUUAUGAACUUCUAAGUUUACAGCUUUGGAACUUGCUGCCUAGUUUCUGCAUUAAUCCUACAGAUAUAAAGGAUAGUUUUAAGGGAAUUGCAAAAACAUUGGGCACAGCAAUAGCUGAACGUAAAGAUAUACGAUUAGCAGUUAUGGCUGCUUUACGGAAAUUAAUUACAAAUGUUAAAGAAAAGAAUAGUCCAGAAGAUUUAAAUGAAAUAGCAAAAUUUGAUAAGAAUUACCUACCUAUUUUGUUCAAUUUGUAUAGUAUUAAACCAUCUGGAAGUGACGAGGAAGGUCAGAGAUUAGCAGCUCUUGAUACCAUUAAGGUAUUCCUUACAAUAACGAAACCAGAAUUGAGGAAACAAUUAUUUAUUCAAGCAUUAGAACAUUUGGACAGUUUGAAAGACGCAACUGAUUCCAACGAUUUGUUCAAGAAAGAAAGCAUUCUAGAUUUAAUAAAAGCUUUAAUUCCAUAUCAGAGCGUGGAAGAAUUGUCAAAUGUAUUCAACUGUUGCAUCAAAGCGCUACCUGAUUUAAAAGAUAAAGAACAGAAGAAAGCAUAUAAAUUGUUAGAAGAAAUUUGUUCUAGUGAGACAGAAGGAUGCAAAACUUUUAUCCAAAACAACAGAAAAGUCGUGCAAAAAAUGCUUGUAAAAUCGUUAAAUUCUGCAUCAGUAUCGAGUAAAGGAGCUCGCCUACGAUGUUUAAACUAUUUAAUUAAGGCGCAGCCAGCAUUGGAUCAGGAUAGUAAAAUUAUAAAAACUGCCAUUCCUGAAGCUAUUCUUUGUUGCAAGGAUAUUAAUGAAAGAUGUAGAAGUGCAGCAUAUGCUUUACUUAAUACAAUUGGAGAAACUUUACAAGUUCACAAGCAAAUGAAGCAGUUUCUUGGAAUGGUAUUUGUAGGAUUGGAAGGAACUCCUCAGAUGAUCAAUGCUACGAUUUUGGCAUUUUGUUCUAUUCUACACAACUUUUCAGGAAGUCUUGGAUUUGAAAAUAUAAAUUUAAUUUUUGAACACAUAAUUGGUUUACUAAGUAGUCCAUCCAGAGAAGUGGUUGCCUCAUGUCUCAGUUUUGUUAAAGUGUAUUGCAGAACUUUACCAAGCCCUAUGGUAGGCUCAUCACUUCCGAAGAUCAUCGAAUCUCUUUGUAAAAUGACCGAAGAUUGUAAAAGGCAUUACCGGAUAAAAGUGCGCGAUAUUCUCUGCAAAUUGGUCCGAAAAUAUGGAAUAGAUUCUAUUAAACCCCAUAUACUACAAGAUGAUGUAGUUAUGUACAAACGAUUGAAAAAUAUUAGAAAAAUAAUAGAUAGAAAGAAUAAGAAGAAAGAAACCGAAGAAGACGUAGAAAUGAAUGAGGACGACUUUUCUGUCAAACCAAAGACUAAUAAUAUUGAUGAAAUAUUAGCUGAUUCUGAAUCAGAAUCCGAAGAUGAAGUAAAAGGAAAAAAGAAAACAUCAACUUGGAUUCAAGAAGAUGCCGAAUCAAUUGUUGAUUUCAUUGACCCGUCUGUUAGAAAUAAAAUAAGAGCCACAAAUCCGUCUCUGUCGACCGAUAAAAGUAUGACAAAUAAAACAGAUAAAAAUAGAGGAUUCAAGACCGCCGAUGAUGGGCGUCUUAUUAUAGAUGCUAAUGAUGAUUCUUCAGAUAGUGAAAGAGAAAAUAAAAAGAGGAAGAAAUUCAUUUCUUUAUCCGAUACAGAUGAAGAUAGUGAAGAAGAUAUGAGUUCAGCGGAAACCGCUAUUUUGACAAACAGGAAACGUAAGAGAAACACUACCGACAGUUUAAAAAGUGGAUUUANAAUGAAAAAAAAAAAGAGCGCAUUAAGAAAACCAGAAUCAUAUUGUACAAAUGCAAUUACAAUAAGUUGCUAA